AUGAGACCGUCCGAUGUAUUCUUCUGAUUUGAUUGCUAGUUGCUUCCCUGCCCGUAGCAUUAGUUGGCCAUUGAUUUUCAUUCUCAUGGUAGGUGAUUGGUACUAUUGGUGUAUGUGUGUGUGUCUUGAACUUUAUUUAUUGAAUUCAGAGAUUGGUACUCUUAGCGUGAAUAGCUUUAGAAGGGAGGGGGGAGGAGUGUAGCAUUUGAACGAACCUAGUAGUUCUGUGGUUACUUGAGCUGCAGUUGCCCUCCAAACCGUUUCGCAAUCAUGGUAAAAAGUUGCGCGAUGUUGAGUUAUUUGAGAGUCAAUUAGGAAUAAGUACUAUGGUGUAUAUGUGUCGCUUAUGUACCGCAAUCUGAUAGUUAAGAACACUCUGCGAGGACUAUUUCUACGGUGUAGCUAUUAUUUGGCUAACACCGCGUUGUUUGACAUAAUUAAGUUCCGUAAAAUGGAAUUUCCUAAGCCACAUUGGCAUACUGCUAUCGAUUAUAUGAUUCCAUCCACGAGGUUCACAAUUUUCUAUGCGUCGAUUCUAUUUUAUGGAAAUGUAUUGGUAAUUUAACGUAUUUGAGCAAUUUUAGACUGUGUGCGUUGCUUGGAAAUGUUAAAAAGAAAUUAUUUACAAAAAAUGAAGAAGAUAACGCGAUGACAAUAUAUUGCACUCGGGUAUAGCAUGCUUGAACUAUUGGAACGUGUGUUUUUUAUGGACCUAAAAACGCUAUUAUUACAUUUUCUAAAUAUAGGCUAAGGGGAGAUCACAACUUGACCAAACUUGCCCUAUUUCUCAGGUGAUCUAUUAUGCCCUGAUAAAUACUAGAUUUAGAAUGUACAUGUCGCUUGUGGUGUGUUGACGUUUUAAGUGCUUCAUUUUCCUUUUUUAAUUGCUUUAAUUUCGCACCGUGGAUCAAACAUUAGGAUGUCAGGAUGUGUUAGAUAGAAUUUGGUUUGAUCUAUAGUGAGCGCAACUUUAAAAUAUAACAUAUGAUUUCAUCUUCGAAAUCGAGUUAUGCUGGGCAAAUAUUUAGCUAGCCUAUCUUGUUUGAAAACUGUUUGAUAAACCUGCUAUCUCCUGGACAGACUCUGGUGGCAAUGGCCGUUAUAGUCUGGCGGGUAGUUUAUGCCUGCGAGCUACCAAACAGUUGUAUCUACAUUUCACACUGACCUUAUUUAAAUUAUGUACAGCUGCUCCAUUGAAGAGCACUCCAACCAAAGUGUUUCCUCAGUAUUAUACACACUUUCCAUAUGACAUUUAGCUGUCGGAUUAGAAUGAUGCGCCCGUCUUCUUAUUGUGUCGAAAUGGCAUGCAUUCUGGACUUAAUGUGAAUAAACCAAUACCCAGAAUAUGGUGUAAAAAGAGAACAGUUACAUGAUUUCACAAAGUGACUUGGAUUAGGACUAGCACUCAGCCAUGUUGUCUGGGAAGAAAGGAUACCAGAAGUUGAAGGUGAGUUUUGAAACCAAGAGGGCUGCUGUCCAGUACAGUCCACUACAAACCAGCCCACCAGUCUUGGCUGAGGCUGCUGCUAAGAACGGCUAUCCAGCCAUGGUGAAGGCCAUAGAGGAGGCCCAGCCUUUUAUGGAGGAAAUGGAGGUGAUGGUGUCGGUGGAGGGCAUGACCUGCAUGUCUUGUGUGCGGAACAUUGAGGGCAACAUCUCCAAAGUUCCUGGCAUUAAGAGUAUCUCCGUCUCACUAGAGAACAAGAAUGCCAGGCUUGUUAUUGUCCCCUCCAUUAUCACACCAGAGGCUGCAGCUGAGGCUAUAGAUGACAUGGGCUUUGAUGCCAAGGUUAUUUCUCCAUCUUCCUCUGGGGACAAAGCAGUGGUUGACAUUCAUGUUGAGGGCAUGACCUGCCAGUCUUGCGUGAAAAAUAUUGAAAGUAACAUGUCCUCUAAAUCUGGAAUUCUGAACAUCAAGGUCAGUCUGACCAACAAAUCAGCUCACGUGACUUUCAACCCCUGUGUUACUGUUCCACUCAAAAUAGCUCAGCAGAUUGAGGACAUGGGGUUUGAUGCCUCAGUUUCACCAAGCAAUACAGACAAAAGUGUUCUAGUCUCAAGUUCAGGGAGCGUCAAAGACGUUAGGACUAAAGUUUUAAAUAUUCGUGGCAUGACCUGCCAGUCUUGUGUUAACAAUAUUGAGGGUGUUAUUGGCAAACACCCUUCAGUGGUCAGCAUAAAAGUUUCUCUGGCUAGCCAAACAGGGACUAUACAAUAUUAUCCAUCACUAAUCAGCCCUGAAAAACUGUGUGAACUUAUUGAUGACAUGGGCUUUGAAGCAUCAACAACAGAUUCAUCAGUCAGCCCUGUGCCAAAUAAAAAAAACAUCCGAUCUGUUAGUGAAACUCAACUAAAUGGUGCUACUCCUAAGAAAGGGAAUGCCACCAAAGCUUUUGAUGAUGAAGACUAUGAGAAAUGUUACUUGAAUAUAUCUGGCAUGACAUGUGCAUCCUGUGUGGCUACCAUUGAGAAAAAUGUUGGCAAAAUGGAAGGAGUUCACAAAAUUCUGGUCUCAUUAAUGGCCCAGAGAGCUGAAGUGACUUAUGAUCCUGCUUAUGUUCUACCUAGUCAAGUUGCAAAUAAAGUAGAAGACUUAGGGUUCAGUGCUUCUGUUGCUGAGGGAGAAGCAGUUGGCAGAGGAACAUGUGAAUUGACGAUACUUGGUAUGACAUGUAGUUCUUGUGUCAACCGCAUCGAGUCUGAGAUGAAGAAAAAGAAUGGAAUUUUGUCAGCCUCUGUAGCUCUUGCCACAGAGACAGGAAAAUUUACUUUUGAUUCUGAGCUGACUGGUCCCAGAGACAUCAUUGAAGCCAUAAAGUCAUUAGGCUUUGAAGCUAAACUAAGAACAGAUGAUGACAUGAGAGCAUCACGCUAUGAUCACAGAGAGGAGAUCAAGAGGUGGAGGACAUCAUUCUUAUGGUCCCUAAUAUUUGGUGGUCCCUCAAUGAUCAUCAUGAUGGUGUUUAUGUUUGGUAUACCCUCCCAGGACUCUCAUGACAUGACAUACAACGCCAGUGACCCCCACAGCAAUCACACUGCUGAAAAGCCAUGGUCACAUGAAAAAAUGGACGGUCACUAUCCUCAAAAGAUGAUCAUCCCUGGGCUUGACUGGUUGAAUCUCCUCAUGUUUCUUCUUGCCACACCUGUACAGUUUUUCGGUGGCAGGUAUUUCUACGUCCAAGCCUACAAAGUGCUGAAGCACAGGUCCACAAAUAUGGAUGUGCUAGUCGUCAUGGCAACCACCAUUUCCUACCUCUACUCAUUGGCAGUACUUAUAGCUGCCAUGGUCCAGAAGGAGGAGAGCAGCCCAAUGACUUUCUUUGAGACAACACCCAUGUUGAUGGUGUUUAUAUCACUGGGCAGAUGGUUGGAGCAUAUAGCUAAAGGAAAAACCAGUGAAGCCUUGGCCAAGUUGAUUUCUCUGCAGCCAGCAGAUGCAGUUUUGGUACAGGUGGAUAAGAAUUUCCAAAUUCUUUCUGAAAAGGUCAUCUCUCUUGAUCUUGUCCAGCGUGGUGACAUUCUCAAGGUCACUCCAGGUGGUAAGAUUCCUGUGGAUGCCAAGGUCAUCUUUGGCCAAUCAGCUUGUGAUGAGUCACUGAUAACAGGGGAGAGUAUGCCAGUGGAAAAAUCCAUAGGUUCACCUGUGAUUGGAGGCAGCAUCAAUCAAAAUGGUAUGCUAUUAGUAGAGGCCACAUAUGUUGGAGCUGAUACAACACUCAGUCAGAUAGUCAAGUUAGUGGAAGAAGCUCAGACUUCCAAAGCUCCAAUUCAAAACUUAGCUGACAAAAUAGCUGGAAUAUUUGUUCCAGUGGUCAGUAUUUUGUCACUGGUCACUCUGAUUGUCUGGGUCAUCAUCGGUUACACUGACAUCAAACUGCUGGAAAAAAACUAUGAUAUCCAGAAUUCAACAUCUCCACGUACUAAUAUCCCAAAGUCGGAAAUCAUCUUUGAGAAAGCUUUUCUCUAUGCCAUUACCGUGUUAAGUAUUGCUUGUCCCUGUGCCUUAGGACUGGCUACCCCAACAGCAGUAAUGGUGGGCACAGGUGUUGGUGCUACAAAUGGAAUCUUAAUAAAAGGGGGAGAGCCUCUGGAGCUAACUCACAAGCUGAAGGUGAUUGUAUUUGACAAGACUGGUACAAUCACUCACGGUGUACCCAGAGUGUCCAGAGUCUCCAUGUUUGUCAAGGACAAGACUUGCUCCUUUGUCAAGUUUCUUGCUAUCGCAGGCACUGCAGAAACCAGCAGUGAACAUCCAAUAGCUUCUGCCAUCUUAAAAUAUGUUAAAGAGACAUUGCUUACAGAAAGCCUUGGAAAGGUGUCAGAGUUUUCAGCAGUUCCUGGGUGUGGAAUCAAGUGUAAAGUCUCACACCUGGAGUCUAUCCUAUCUGGAAUCAACUUAUCUGAAGUCAACAACAGAAAGAACAAAUUUGGAAGCCAGAACAUUUUAAUAGACAACCUUCUUUAUGGCAUUCAGGAAACUGCUAAUCUUAUACUAGACAUACCUCUAGGGGCUGAAUCAUCACAGGAGUUUGAAGUGCUCAUAGGCAACCGAGAGUGGAUGCAGAGAAAUGGACUAGUGGUAAUUGACACGAUGGACCAAGUCAUGACAGAGCAUGAGAUGCAAGGCCAUACUGCUGUCCUGUGUGCCAUAGAUGGUGUUAUUGUUGGUAUGCUUGCUGUGGCAGACACUGUCAAAUCAGAAGCUCAUCUUGCUGUGUAUGAACUAAAGAGGAUGGGACUUGAUGUGAUUCUCCUGACAGGGGACAACUUGAAAACAGCUAAAGCCAUUGCUAAGCAGGUUGGCAUCACAAGAGUUUUUGCAGAGGUGUUACCAUCUCACAAGGUGAAAAAGAUCAAGCAGCUGCAGGCUAAGGGGGUCAAGGUGGCUAUGGUGGGCGAUGGUGUGAAUGAUUCCCCAGCUCUGGCCCAAGCAGAUGUUGGUAUAGCUAUUGGCACAGGAACAGAUGUGGCUGUGGAGGCAGCUGAUGUUGUACUUAUUAAGAAUGAUCUCUUGGAUGUGUAUGCAGCCAUCAAGUUGUCUAAACUUACAGUUAGAAGAAUACACAUUAAUUUUAUUUCAGCAUGCAUUUAUAAUUUAUUGGGGAUACCUAUAGCUGCAGGAAUGUUAACACCCAUUGGAAUAGAGUUACGACCCUGGAUGGCCUCAGCAGCCAUGGCUUUAUCUUCUGUAUCAGUUGUGGCUGCUUCAUUAUUAUUGAAAACAUUCCGUAAGCCUAGAAAAGAAACUUUGUUGACACAAGAAUACUAUAAGAGUUACGAACAGGACCAGGAUAUGGAUAACAUUUCCACACACAGAGGAGACUGGGACCUACCCCAGAAGCCCCCACGCCAGAACAGCAGCAUUACUGAGAAGUGGGGCUUUCUGAAGAGCAACAAUGUGACCCCUGACCACAAGAAAGGUCUGCUGGAAGAGCAUGAUGAAAUGGACACCGAGCUACAAGUGGUCAGCUCAAUGCUUUAAAUGUUUGUUUUAUCCUAGCAUAUGAGUUAGUUCUCAAGUUUGUAUGACCAUUUUUUGUUAUGAAGAAAAUCAAACUUUUAAAACAUCAAAAUGAUGUAACUUUUAGUGAUACAUGCAUUUAUCAUGUACCUUUUUUUUAUAUUGUGUAAGUAUUUUGUUUAACAUCCUGAAAAGAAAAAAACAUAUUUUCAUUUAUUAUACAAGGAUUUAUACUUGAAAGAACUCAAUUAUUUAUUCUUAAAUGUCCUUGACCAGUUGAUUGACUAAACUUACCAGGAAAAACAUAGUAUAGAAGCAUAAAAAAUCUUCAAUCAUAAUUUAUCAAUACAUAUAAUAUUAUCACCUGUUCUUUUUGUUCCUUGUAGAACAUAGGGCUCCAUAAUAUAAGCCACUCUCCACUCUUUCCAUUCAAGUUUUUUUCUAGCUUCUUUUAUAUCCAUUCAUUCUCAUUUAAUCCACUAUCCAUAAUGUUUCCUUUGGUAUUCUUCUACGUCUUGUGCCAUGCAGAACUGCUCUAGAUGGCAUCCUUCCUAAGGGCUCGUCCAGUCUCUAUUUUCUAUCAGAUAUUUGUGCUUUAAUAUUUCUCUUUAAGCACAUCUUGCACUUUAUGACUGUGAAAAAUACAUUGUGAUAUAAAUGUUUGAAUAAUAUUUAAAGACUGUUGUAUUCUUUUUUAAAUAUCUAUUGUUGGCCUAUAUAUGUAGCAUACUCAUAUUGUAUAAAGAUUGAAUUUCAUUUUUAAGCAAUAAAUAUUCAUCACAUAUCUUUUUGUUUAUGUCUGCUUGACCAACCUUUGUUAUAAUAUGUCCAAGUUUUACAUAUAUUUGUCUUCACUAAAUGCUAUUUAAUUAUUAUGUGACAAUUAAAGCCAUUGAUUUUUUCUAUCUUAUUCUCAAGUUGGUUUGUCUUAAAAGAAUGUAGUUUUGUAUGUGGGGAGUUGUUAUUGUUACAAAGAGUGAAAAGGAAAUGGGGCAAAGACAGAGGGAUUAGUGGUACCUCCCUACCAAUCCACUAAUGCUUUGUGAAUUCAGCAGCCCUGAAAUAUGCAGUCCACAGUGUCAUGCUUAAACAGAAGCCUUGAAUAUCAGCAAAACUUGAAUCAAAAUUCUUCUCAGAAAACUGUCAGAUCUAGUUGCUAACACUCAACAAAUGAUCAGAGUUACAGUCUCAAUUUUGAGUGUCUUUUAAAACACUACUAUCCUUUGUUAUUGUUUUUUAAAAUAUAUGAUGUGAUUAUUUUACUAGGAGAGAAAAAAAAAACACUGUGCCACUCUAGAGGCCACAUUGGCCAUUUUUCUUAAACAAUCUUUUGUAGUUAUCAUUUUGAUGCAGUUAGUUUGUUGAAAUUAAAUAUUCCAUGCUCUUCAAAAUUACCCUUUUUAGUGUGUGUGUGUGUGGGGGGGGGGUAGAAGAGAAUCUUAAACUUUCUAUUUUCUUAUUAAAUUAAUAGUAAAUAUCUCCUUCAUUUCUGUCUUAAGGGAUAGGUGUUGUAGAAGUAAUUUGAUGCACAUUUGAUUACUUUAAUUAUUAUUAUUAGUGAUAGUUUAUUUAGUUUUGACUAAAGAAUAAUUAUUUUUUUUUGCAAUAUUUUAUGGAAUUGGAUUAAUAAUAAUCGUUAUUGUCCAUUUGUCUUUAUUUGGUUAAUGGUGACAAUAUUCAGAAUUGGACAGCACAAAUCAUUUUCAUAAACGUAACUAAUUUUAUAAUUAUGCAGGGCUGAUUGAGCUGAUUACCAUACAUGAAAAUGCAAUCAACUAUCUUUAAAAAAAAAAAAAUAGCAAUAUGUUUCUGAUACAUUGUGAUAAAUAAUAAAAUCUAAAUCAACAUGUCCAUUACUUCACUCCAUCCAUUUUUGUUUACACAUUUCGAAAAUUUAGUUUAUUGUAGUCUGUUCAUAGGACAGUCACUUACCUUUUGAAAAGAAGAAUUUCAUUGAAGUUUUUGUGAUUCGCUAAUAUUUGAAUACAACUUUUCAUCACCAACUUAGUAUAGCUGGAUUCAAAGCAAGGCCAUCACAUUAUACUCUCAGUGUAUGGUGUCUAGACUUAGGGUUACCUGGUGACUUUUGACAAAUUUGUAGUAAAUCUGUGUCAUAGUUAUGUUAUAAUUUUAUCAUAAUUAAUAGAUUAAAUUUUCUUUGUAUCCUAAAGCAUGUUCCUCUUCAACUCUCCCUUUUCUGUGACCAUCAUCUGCUCCCAACUUGAUCAUGUCCAGCCCAAUCUAUUGUUAAAAGGGUAGGAAUGUUUCACCUUGGUCUUUCAUUCUGUUUCAUUGUGGUUCAAUUGAUGCUGUAGCUUCAAAACUUAUACUCCUGUAUUAUAGCUUGAUUGGACUGAAAUUGUAUAUUUUUAUUACUCUUAUAAUAAAUGACUGUGUAAAUGACCUCUGUAGCUGUCAUUCUGCUUUGUUUAAUUGUUGCCUUAAAAACUGUUUCAUCUCCUAAUGACCUUAGCUUUUUUUUAUGUACACAAAGUUCUUGUAGCUUCCUUGUGUCAAAUUGAGCCUCUUACAUGAAAUGUAAGUAAUUUAUUUGAACCUUAAUAGAUUGUUUUAGAUCAUUAAAUACUGAAGAGAUUUGGGUGGGAGUUUUGGGAGGUUAAGUUUAUCUAUAUAUUUGUUGUUAUAUUUUAUAAUAUUUUAAGGAGACUAGACAUUGAGCAAAAUGAACUUAAUGAAGUUCUGUUUAUGUAAAAAAGCCUCGUGGACCUUAAGAAGUUGAACUUAUGGCACAUAUACAUACAUUCAGUUCACUUUGAUUUUUUAUUUUAUCAAACAUUGGUUGUGGUGGCUGAGUGAGAAGACAAUCUUCAGAUCCUCCUACUCUAGUGGGAAUAUCCUGUAGUUUUUAAAUGCCAAGCAAGUAGAUUGGCGUUUUUGGACAUAUGUCUUUAAAAAAAAAUGUUGCAUAAUCAUUUGUGUAUGUCUAUUUUCUAAUGAGCCACAGAGAUUAUGAUGUCGGGGAUCCCCUAACCCGGGGAUCAACUCCAAUUUAUCAUUUGUUUCAGGAUUGUUGCUGCUUUGGGCCUUUUCUUUUCAUAUACAUUUAAGGUUUUUGAAUUCUUAUUACGGUAUAAAAUGUAAAUAUUUAAGCCAGUUAAAAAGCUGCAUCAGUUAUUUGUGUCUGUGUAAAUACAUGUAUUAUCUAUGCUAGUAUGACGUAUUUGUUGUUUGUUUUUUUUAUAAGGGAAUGGGCUUUUCCAAUGCUCACUAAUAUGUUAAUAUAACUUUAGUCUUGAGACUAUUCAACUGAACGUUAAAUAUAAGUAUGUUUUAAUUAUCAACUAGUAUUUUUUUUCUACUAUUGUAAGUCUGCGACCCUUAGGCAGUUUGCUGCACUCAGUGCUACACCCUUGCAGCUAACACCCUUGCGGCUGACCCCAAACUGUAUCGGCACUUGCUGUUACUUUGGAUAGAUGAGCUUUGUGAAGGAAGAAACUGUUGUGAGGGCGACAUCUUUCCCAGCUUAGUUAAUGCCCAGGCAUUCAUGAUCCAGACCAUAGGGUGUAAGUUAGAAUUAUUGUUUCAAUAUCAUAGAAAUUACCACACAGCUAAUAGCAAGAAGUAAAAAAAAAAUUGGCUACUUAUUGUGUGGAUUUUGCUUUGAAUUCUGAUGUGACAUCCCACUCAAGUGCUGGAGACAGAAUGUCUGGUCUCAUGUAACUAUCAGAGUACUAGAUAUCGAGUGGAAUAGUGUAGAAUUCCUCUAGCUACUUCUUGCUCUUGAAAUGACAUAGGGUUCGUGAAAUGAAACUCGUAUGCUGUUGGUCCUGACAAUUAUAAAACAAUACUUUAACCCCCCCCCCCCUUUUAGUCAUGCAUGGAACUUGUGUUCAUAUUAUAGAAUUAACAUUUGAUGACAUGUUUUUCAAGGACCAGAACUUGAUGUACUAUGAUGAUUUGAAUGUUAUGCUUACGUUGCGAUUGGAGAAUAGAAUGUUAUGAUUGGUUUGAUAGUAUAUUGAAAGUUAAUGGUCUUAUUUUUUUAGCAUUGUGCACAAAAACACAAUAAAUGUUGGUGUUUUUUUGUG